UCUCAUGUCCGUGUCACUUCCGUGUUCCGCUCACCUGUUACACCUGUGUCACAGCGCUGGUCCGCAUAGGUGCGACUCUUACAGCUCCGCCGGUGCGCACCUGUUCUCCUAUUGUGCCAUGACUGAGGGAUUUACCGAAUGUGACUUAACAUGCUCGUCUCCUGCUACAUCUGUGGAGACCUUAAAUGCCGUGACAUGCCUGAAAAUUGAUCCUGAGCAGCCCAUUUUCUCUGUGCUGACCGGCGGUAUGAAGGAGCACCAGCAGGAGCAGGAGGAGGCGGACAUUGCCGUGUCCCAUCAGAACACCUGCGGCGGAAGCGGCGGGGGAGCUACCUCACCGACGUCCGCCGCCUCUGACACCGAGUCCGGCAUCUUCUCCGUGGAAAGCGAGGUCUGCGCGGAGCACGACUCCGAGCUGGACUGGUUCUGCGCCACCGAGCAGAAACUCAUCUGUUCCCGCUGCGCCAACGCGGGCCCCUGCCGGGAACACAGCGUGGCCCCGCUGACCCGCAGAGUCGGCGUGGUCAGGAACCAGCUGGUGGAUGUGUGUGAAAAAAUCCAGCUGCAGGCCCUGGGCAUAGAGAAGUUCAUCCAGCAAACACUGACGGCCAAAGAGCAAAAACUGCAGGCGUCGGCGAGCAGGGCGAGGGAGCAGGUGCUCGCGCAGGUCGCCGCCGCCCGCGAGGCCCUGGAGGAGGAGGAGCAGCGCCUCCUGGAGCAGGUGCAGAGGGAGGAGGAGCGGGUGGAGCAGUGCCUCCUCACCCAGAGAGCUCACUGGAACCACGCUCUGACAAGUCUGUCGCAAACACGCUCCCGCUUGGUGCACACGCUGACGCACGCUGGCGACGCACAGCUGGUGACCGGCAUUCAAGAAAUUGCUGAAAGGGUGGAGGAAGCUGAAGGAGUCGGGAAGCCCUGUGACACCGACCAGCUCAAUUUGAACCCAGCCUGUAUCGACAGCAAGUUGCUGAGGGGCCUCUGGGCGACUGCUCUGCUGCUGGGGCCCAACGCUUAUGGAUCACCUCUGUUAAAGUUUGAUGAGCGCACAGUCAGCCCACUCCUCUCCCUCUCUGAAGACCUGCGCACUUUGACUUUCCUCCAAAAGAAGCCCCGCCAGUCUCUGCCAUACGACCCGGCUCGCUUUGACUCCUGGCCCAAUGCUUUGGGAUCUCUGUCCAUGUCCUCUGGCACCCACAGCUGGAUAGUGGACGUCGGCAAAAGUGGCGCCUUUAAGAUCGGGGUCUGCUACUCCUCUCUGGAGCGCAAAGGUUCUGGGAACGAGGCGCGGCUAGGCUACAACAGUAAGUCGUGGGUGCUGUCCCGCUAUGAUGGCGACUAUUCCUACUGCCACGCAGGGAAGAAGGUUCCCCUGCAGGUUGUGACGAGGCCCCAGCGGAUCGGCCUGCUGCUGGACUGGCUGAGCCAGAUGCUGCUGUUUUACGAGCCGGACUCUGGCACUGUGUUGUACUCUGUCACUCAGCCCUUCAACGCUCCGCUGCUUCCGGCGUUUGCUCUGACUGACCGCAGCAUCACUAUACUGCACUGAAAGACCACAUGAGCAUACACAUGUUUAAAAGCAGAAGGGAGAGACAUUUCUAUAUCAUAGAAAUAUGAUGUGCAGGUGAACAGGAGCUCUGUGCAAUGAAAACUUCCAACUGCAUUAGUUCUUUAUUUAUUCAAAUUUUUUUCUAAUUUCUUUUGUAUUAUUUUUAAUUAUUUUUUAUGCUUGUUAUUUUUAUAUGUUGAUUGUAUUACAUUGUUGUACUGUUGUAAUUAUCCAUUAAGUAAUUAUUUUGACUGAAAAUUACUGUUUUGUUUUUUUUAAUAGAAAGAUUGUCUUUGUAAUAAGAAAACAGAAUAGAUUUGUAUUCUGUAUUAUGUAACGCUUUUAAACGUUAUAGAUAGCAACAAUAAGACUGGUUGAUCUAGACUUUUAAAAUCACAGAGCUUGAACACUUGACUACUAAUUUAAACCUGUUUACCUUAUGAUUAGUAAAGUGAUUAUUGCUGUUUCA